GGUAGUCGUCUCCCACUGAUCACAGUCGACCAGCUGACCGCGUCGUAGUCGCACUCGCGCCUCGAUUGUGCUCGCUAAACGUCGCGACGACGAGUCAAUUUUACUGCGCGCGAGAUAAGUGAACGUUGAACAUGGCCGGUGAGGUUAUGCCAACGCUGACUCGUACAAGUGAAUGAUAUUGUUAAUAAGCAGUGAAGUGCCCGAUAACGGUGCAUCAGCACCUAGAUAAUACAGUCGCAGGGAUGCGCUGAAGACAUUCGUAGAUAGUACCAGUUAUAGCGAAAGUACAGCCAAAAUAUGACCAAGUAUUGGCUAAAUACGGCCUUGAUGAGGAUAGUCUAUCCUUCGCUACUUAUUGCAUGUACAAUAUGGAGGCCAGUAGGUUUGUCGCUAGUGUACCUGACUUUGGCAUUACUAUCGCCGAUGAUCCCAGUGCCGACGACCACUUCCAUGAAAAGUCACACUGGUCGAUUUCUCAAGACCUGCGUAGCUCUCAGUUUAAUCGUCGCUGUUGCUCAGAUAGCAUUCCACGUUGUCCUCUUGGCUCUGUCUCCUUCUGGGGAAAUUUUAGAAUACUGCAAAUUUCCAGAGACACUACUCAGGCAUAUAGGGUUCGUCAGGUUAGAUGGGGCCUCGGUGUGGGAGGUGUUUUUCUGGCUGACCCCGGAAAUCCUCGUAUUUCCCUCGAGCGUUGCCGUCUACGUAUUGUGUCGUAAGCUAGUGAGCCCUCAGCCCAGAGAAGACGAGGACAACGCUUCGCUACAGCGCCAACAGAAGAGUUCAAAAGAGCGAUCGUCUAAGAUAAUCAACUUUCUCGGCGGUAUUGGCACGUAUGCGGUGUUAGCUGCACUAUGCUGCGCCGCGUCGUUGAAACCCUCAGUCGAGGGCGCAUUUUACUUUCUUGUGUUCAUUGGCUCGGCGACCUGGUGGGCCUGCCAUCGAGAACUGGGCCGAGGGUUUGCCUUUCUCUGUCGGAUGGUGAUGGCUGUGGUCGCGCUGCACAUUACGCUACUUCUCUUCUAUCAAAACCAGUGGCCUCAGGACAAGCUUCCAGCCAACGAGACGUGGGCGAGGUACUUCGGUUUCGUGGCAGUUUAUCAGACCCACUGCGACGACAGUGGCACCGUUGAUCCGAGGGACGUUCACUACGUUAAUACUGCCGACUGGUCCACUUACGCCUACUCGUUGCGCCUAUUUCUGCUGUACUUUUUACUGGCUUUGCAGUCCAAGUUUUUGUUUAAGAAGCCGGCUAAUCAAAGAGCACGUCUAAGCGGAAGAUUGGAAAAUUUGGAUACACCACUGUCGCGCCACGUAUCCAUACGAAAAAGGACGCCCUCACAGCGUUGGCAAUCAGCGCGUAGAAAGGCUCGACUAAUGAGAUUUGGAUCUGGACGAACCGGACUGUUGCAAGAUUCGACUGGCAGUGUGAUCGUUCAAGAUGGGCAGCAAGAGGACAGUAUUCAAUUGCAAUCACUUAGCGAAGGUGUUACAGAGGAUCAACCUGGUAUUAUGGAGCAUAUAGUCAUGGCAGUAUUCUCAAUUUUUCAACUUGUCGUCAAUUCAUCUUAUUUGGCUACAAAUAUCAUUAUGAUGACUUGGAGCAUAAUGUAUCAUAGCUGGACAACUUUUGCUCUUCUACUGUGGGCGUUAAUUUUAUGGAUGGUACCAAAUAAACGAUCGUCAAUGAUGAAGUGUUCUCCUUUCAUCGUUUUAUAUUGCACAAUUUUGGUUCUCAUUCAGUAUGUCUACAGUAUGGAUCUGACCGAAGCUGAAUUGCCAACAAAAAUUUAUGGGAUCGAGAUGUCUGAUAUAGGCUUUCUGAAACAAGACAAACUUAGCUGCUGGCAUCUUGUAGUCAAGUGCCUGUUCAUGACGAUGUUCUGGAUAACAAUGAGACAAUACACAGCGGAGAAAAUGAGACAACGACGCUCGUCGGCACUACGAGACAUGGUAGCGCCUCUUCAUGUGUCAGUGUCGACCGCGACAACGGCUAUGAAUAACCAAAUCGAGCCCGAGAUCAAGAGUAAAUUCAUGAAGGACGUCGGUGUUGUUGUAAAAAGGCUAUUGACUAGAUUCUGGAUUGCCAUCGUGGCUAUAAUGCUGUUUACUAGCGGCAUUACCGGCGAACGCAUGACCCUUUUCCGUAUCAUCUACAUGUCUCUAUUUUUAAUUUUCAUUGUCUCAUUCCAGCUAUCUUGGAAAGUGUGGAGGAAAAUGAUGUAUGGCUUUUGGAUCACCGUUAUUGCAUACUCAGUUAUAAUGUUGAUUUUAGUUUACACUUUUCAAUUUCCGACAAUCAGCCGCUACUGGCAGGACUAUCUUUAUGUAACUCCCGAACUACAAAGUGACAUUGGCCUAAUUAAAUAUGAGCAAAAUAACUUGUUCGUCGGGCUUCUCCCGCCUACAUUUUUUGUAAUAAUUACUGUUCUACAAAUACAUUACUUCCACGACGAUUUCCUUGAAAUAACAAACAUCGACAGGGUGUCAGAAACUUCGAGAAAAGAUAGUUUGGGUCACUCUCCAAGUACUGCUCCCAUAGUCUCGCCGACUGAAAUUUUUGCAUCUGAGCGUGACGAAGAACAUCACAUAUUUACUCUCAAAGAGUUGAAACGCAUGUCAAAACUGGAAAGGAUUGCGCUGAUACGGAAAUUAUCCACUCAUCUAUAUAAUUUUUAUAAUCAUGUAUGGCUCUUCAUGGAAGUACAUAUGCAAAAGAUUAUUUUUAUUUCUAUCGCUCUCAUGUGCAUCGGCGACGUGUGCGCCAUCAAUUUUUUCUUUAUGUUGACCGUAGCAGUAGGUAUUAACUUCAGGCGUUCAUUGCAAAUCGUAGUUAUAAAUUUCAUGGCCAUGACAAUAGCUGUUUUAAUGGUCAUAAAAAUGCUUUAUCAAAUUGAAUAUAUUCACCACCAUAGAUACGACACGAAUUGCACGGAUACGAAUGGCACGUCAAACAGCACCUGGAAAGGUAACAAUACAGCAGCGUGGAUUGGAUUUAGCAAGACUGCAAAUGCAACCGAAAACGACAGUGUUGAACCGACAUUACCGAAGCUUCUGGAAGGCUACAUCGGUAUUAUAACGGUGACGACCCUACGAGCAAUAAUCGCAGUCCGUCAAUCGUUCCAUCGGCAAGAGAAUGGGGAACCGUUGGAGACGCCAUCGGUCAUGUUUCCGAAAAUCAAGCGUGCCGAUGCCGACAAAGGAAUCGUAUCAUGUAUCAAAUUCUUAUUCAAUUACGGUUUCUACAAGUUUGGUUUGGAAUUCUGUUUGAUGGGCACUGUCGCGCUUAUUGGUAUCCGAUUGGACUUCUAUUCCCUAUUAUAUAGCAUAUGGCUGAUGAUAUUGUUCUCGAUGAACCGUAAAACUGUAGCGAAAGUCUGGCCGUUUCUGAAAGUGUUUGCAGUCGUGCUGCUUCCGUUGCAAUAUGCUUUUGCCGUUGGCCUGCCUCCCUGGCUAUGCAUUGGAUAUCCCUGGAGUGAAACAUCUGAUCAACCUAACAAAUCUCUGAUAGGAUUACGAGACUGGAUGUUUUUGCCAGGCACAACUUUCGACACUCAACCCAACGUAAAAAAGCUGAUAUGUGAUGUCAUUCUACUGAUCAUGAUUGUUCGACAAAGCUUAGUUUUUCGAAUCGAGCAGCGCAGCGAUACAACUGGACAAGAAUACGCAGGUGGCCACAAUUAUUCGGUGUGCAAGGACAUGGAAAAGCCGAAUUUCAUUAAUCCCGUCAGAGACUACGUUUCGCAAAUUCACAAUUGGUUGGACGUGUUCAAGCGCGGUAGCAUGAUGAGUCUCAUGUGGCUAACAUUGUCCAUCAUGUUUUUGGCUGGCACAAAAAGAAACAAUUUGUUCUCUCUGGGCUAUCUGAUUGGCGCUUUUGUAUUUUUAUGGCAAGGUAGCGAUUUCUACUUGAGGCCCGUCAAAACUAUUCUUAAAUGGUGGAAUAUACUGAUUGGCUACAAUAUUUUCGUGAUAUUUUGCAAGACGAUAUUCCAAGGCAUCGGAUGUGUAUUAAUUGAAAAGCUGGUAGACCAUUGUAGAAUCAUUCAGUUAUUGGGCAUAGGAUGUCUUGACAAGUUUGAAUCACAGUUUACAUCUGGCGAGAAAUGUCAUGUAGACCGCGAGGACGUGGGCAUGGUCUGGGAUGGGUUGUGCUUUGGCUUUUUACUCAUUCAGAAGCGUUUGUUCCGCAGUUAUUACUUCUUCCACAUAGUAGACGAGACAAAGGCCAUGAGUAUUUUGGCCUCUCGAGGUGCUGAGCUAUUGGAAGAGUUUCAUCAGAAGCGAAUCGCCGAACAGGAAGAAAUUGAGAGAGCAGGUCUGCAGAAAAUAAAAUUUAAAAUGGACAAAAUCAAGGCCAAUCAGCGCAAGAUCCAAGGACAGGGUUACAAAGAGCCUAAAACUCAUCACAUCGGUGAAGCACCGUUGGCUCGGACUUCGAGCAUGUCGUCAUGCAUUUCGUCGACUCGCACUCCGCCGCAAGGCUAUCAAACGCCGAUCGACGACGAUGACGACGACGGCGACGGCGGCGGUGCCAGGGGCGAAGAUGACGCGCUACCUCUGACUCCGGCGGCUUCGUUGCUGCAAGCGCCGUCGCCCAACUCGGCGAUAAUGACGGUGGGCCUCGAGGGCUACCUCGAGCCAGCGCGCAUAUCUUUUGGCUCUCCGCCGAGCAGCGAGCUCAACCCUCGCGGGCCUUCGCCCGACGACACCUUCCCGGUGUUCUCGCCUCCGCCUCGCGACACUUAUCGACAGAACGAAGACGUCCGCAGGAGGCACAGGAGGCAGUCAAGUGUAGCCGACAGUUCAUGGGCCACCCACGCGCCUAGAACCUCACGCCGAUCCAUCAUCUCCACGACUUCGAGAUCUCAUCACACAUCUAUACGAUCGGGAGAUUACUACAUGUUUGAUGAUAUGGAUGAUGAUGACUUGACCGACUUGUUCCCCGAAAAAGAUAUAUCUGAAGAAGAAAAUCGACGACGUGAACGUGAACAACGUACUCGUCGUAUGACUGUUUCAGAGCUGAUGAACACGCUGAUUAAAACCGACAUUGAAAUAGCAACGCAUGUCGCGUUGUACGGAGGAACACAUAAGGACGCCCUGAAAAUGCGACGUAGGAGUGUGCCGCUGACCCGCAAGAAAUCAUCCAUGUCCUAUCUGAGUGCUCGUUCCGAUACCGACACUGCCGCGGCUACCGAUCUUCCUGAACAAGUAACUACAAGUUCUGGCGAUGAAGAUCCAACGGAACGUGAAAUUGAUGGCGAAUUGGAUAAAACUUCAGAAAAGGAUAGUGUAGGAUCUAAAAUGAAGGAUGCAAAAGAUACAAAAAUAUCUUUGCUUACUUAUUUCAAAUUCUCGUGGGCUUUCAUUAAUAGUACUAUGGUAUCUCUGACAAAAUAUUUGAAUCGGUACUCCAAUGAUUAUCGCUACGUAAGAAAAGUAUUGGCCAAAGAGAAAAGGCUACUAAAGGCCAAGCCAGAUUUUCGUAUGGGCACUCGCCUUGGCAUAAGUCAAAUAUGGCAACCAUUACCCAUAGUCAAACAGAGAUUGACAGCUAACGGGAAUUCAGAUGACGUCAUUGAAGAUCCAGGUGAAGGGCCGAGCAAUAGAGAUGACAAUAGCGGGAAAAGUUCGCUGUUUUCUCACACUUUACGUCCACGCAGCGAAAACGAGGAUGAGGAACUUCUGUCCGAGAUAAAUCAGCCGCCAAUCAUUCAAUUGGCUGCUUCUAUCUGGUUUGGCAUCCUCGCUCAUUCAAUGUUCUUAUGCUACUUUAUGGUAUUUUUGCAUCAAAUAAAGAAUGCAUCAUUUUUGUCAACGCCUUUACCGCUCAUGGUUUUCUUGUGGGGCUCGUUAACCAUUCCGAGACCAUCAAAGACUUUUUGGGUGACAAUUAUUGCUUACGUAGAGAUCAUUGUCAUAAUCAAGUGCAUGUGUCAAUCCAAUGUUUUGCCCUGGAAUGAUAAAGAAUUGACGUCCAAUCCAUUUGAAGUACCUAGAAUUCUUGGCGUAGAGAAAAAGAUAAAUUAUGCUUUAUGGGAUUUACUGCUCCUUCUCGUUGUAUUUUUCCAUCGAUUCAUGUUAAAGUCUUUGGGUCAAUGGACAAGUCCAUCAUUGAAAUCUCGAAAAGUUAUUUCAACGGGACUCACGUUAGCAACGAUCCAUCAGCAACCAAAUAGAACUGACGAGGAUAAAGUUGCCCAAAAACCUGCCACGACAGAGGCAGAAAAAACUAACGCGACAGCAAACGAAAUAACAACUCCGGAAGGUAAAACAUUGAGUUUGCAAUUACACGAUGGUACUGACAACGAGAACAAUUCGCCACUGCCGCCUAUUGGAGAUAACGAACAGUUGAUUGUAAUUCAGGCAACCGAACGAAAUCUUAUAGAAGAAGACUUUCAGAAAGCAAUGCGUUUAACGAUUAUGAAAUAUUUCGAGCCUUUGAAAAUAUUGUUCAAUAAUAUAUUGGAUCCGUCCGGCAAAGAAAAAACGAAUGUUUACGCCUACAUGUUCUUAUGUGAUUUCUUCAACUUUAUACUGCUCAUCUUUGGAUUUUCAGCCUUCGGUGCUCAACAAGGAGACGGAGGUGUAGCACAGUAUUUUGCAGAAAAUAGGGUUCCAAUGCCUUUUUUACUUAUGUUACUGUUGCAAUUUGCUCUCAUUGUAAUAGAUCGAGCUCUAUUUUUGAAAAAAUCUCUUAAAGGAAAAUUAGUUUUCCAAUAUUUCUUGGUAGUCGGCGUUCACGUUUGGAUGUUUAUUAUAUUGCCUAGUGCGACUGAAAGAGCAUUUAACACGAAAGUCAUACCUCAAAUUUGGUACAUGGUAAAGUGUUUCUACUUGUUGCUGGCAGCUUAUCAACUUCGACUUGGAUAUCCUACGCGAAUUCUCGGAAACUUUUUGUGUAAAAAAUACACCAUUGUAAAUUAUACUCUUUUUAAAGGAUUCAUGGUUGUUCCCUUAUUAUUUGAAAUGAGAGCUGUAAUGGAUUGGAUUUGGACAGACACGUCAAUGACUUUGAUGGAUUGGUUCAAAAUGGAAGAUAUUUUCGCAAAUAUUUAUCAAAUCAAAUGUAUGCGCGGACUAGAGAGUGAUUACCCUCAAGAACGAGGUGUAAAGAAAGCGCAAAUAAGCAAAUACAUGGUCGGAGGUGGUGCUCUCAUUGUGAUGAUUGGAAUGAUUUGGUUCCCUCUACUUUUGUUUGCUCUUGGUAGUACAGUUGGAACUUCCAAUCUGCCUACCGAAGUCACACUUAACAUCAGAAUAGGCUCGUAUGAGCCAAUUUAUACUAUAGCUGCCCAGAACAGUUCGAUAGUACGAUUUAACGAGAGAAAUUUUAACAAACUACGCGAAUUGUACGAAAUGACUCACCGCGACAGGCCGGCCGUCACUUUCUUGGAGAAUUACAUAAAUACAGAUGUUGUAGUCGUUCGGCUAAGUCCGCAAUCUGGAAAAUUGUGGACCAUUUCGCCGCCAGACAAAGCUAGACUUAAAGAAGAGCUGCUGGCGAACGAUACAGUGGUAACUGUUUAUGUAGAGUGGACAGUCGAAAGAAAGCCAGCCUCCAAAGAUCUCUCUGGCAUAACUUCGAAAGUGCAUGACUUCGCACUGCAACCAUUCGUCAACGGAGUGAAAAAUCCAGUCAGACAGGCUAUCGUCGAUGCACUGAACGGUGUUGGCUUUGCGCCAUCUCCGAGUAUCACGAUCGUAGCUACAGAAUCUGACAAUUCGACCGAGGUUUCACUCUCAAACAAAACCACCACUAAACCCCUGGCAAACAACACCUCGGGUGUUUUGUUGAGCAAUGCACUGCCUUUGUUUCUCAAAGUAACGAGCAAUAGUGUUUCCGUGGUGCCACAAUUGAUGAAACCCUUGCUCAAGAGUAAAAUCGACAUCGAUGAUGAAGAUGACGAGUCAAAAAGUUAUCUGUAUCGAGAUAUCAGCCUGGUUGUCGCAAAUAAUUCGAUAAAUCAACAGUGGUUCACUAUUCAUGAGAAUUGCAAUGACAGUGUGGCCGAUACACUUGUAGUGCCACUAAUGGAUUGUUCAUUCAUAUCGAUGUAUAUGUUUAAUGAUAAAAUGUUUCCGGAAAGUCUCAGUUUUAUUAGUGGCUUAGGUAUAUUUGGUCUCUACACUACUGCUGUCAUACUCUUUAGCAGUUUUAUCAAGAAAAUGGUCAGUGACAUGGCUCCAAAGAUUAUGUUUGAAGAUUUGCCUUACGUCGAUAGAAUUCUAAGGCUUUGCUUGGACAUUUACCUUGUCCGUGAAAGCGGAGAUUUAUGCCUCGAAGAAGACCUAUUUGCUAAACUUGUUUUCCUCUACAGAUCACCAGAAACAUUAAUAAGGUGGACGAGGCCACCUGAACCUGGCGAGCAAACCGAUGGCGAGGACGACGAUCAAAACUACAACGAGAUCGAUGAUGAUGGCUUGGCAGAUAGAGAUGACGGCCAGGAAAGUCAAUUAAGGAGAUUGCCAGUUGGAAGACAUGUCGAAUGAACUUCUUUCUUCAAUG